GCUUCAUAGUGGUGGUGGUGGUGGCAGUGUUUACGAUCGCUAACUUCCGACUUCUGAUUCGCAAUUCUCUGCCAGGGCUGCGUGCUUAAAAUCUUUACCGAAGAAACGGGUUAAGUUUAGUGUUGACGCUACGGUUGAUCGAGAAGGAGGUCCACACCGUACAUCGCGCGGUAGAAGAUGUGCUGAGUGCUUACAAGUGUUUUUUUUUCUUUUCUUCUCUCUCACCGCGAGAUUUCGAGAUAGCAAAAAAAAAGUGAAGAUCAAGAUUUGAAGUCUACAACGUUACAUAAGUGCAGAUUUACGCGAGCAUAAUGUGGAAGUUUACGGUCAUUAUACUUUCCUGUAUGGUUAUAAACAAUGUGCAGCCGCAAGCUGGCAGUUCAUGCUAUACCCCGAACAGACAGAUAGGCGUUUGCCAGGUGUUCCAGUACUGCUCAUCCCUGAUACGACUGUACCAGUACAAUCGGAACCAGGAGACGGUAAACUUCUUGCUCGCGUCCCAGCGCAGCUGUGGCAAUCGCAACUAUAACGGCAGCCCGAUCCUUUGCUGCAGUGACGGUGUGGAGUACGAUUCCACUACAACUUCAUCUCCUUUUGUAGAGGUAACGACGGCUCCACCAACGUCGCUGGCACCGCUGCGUACGGCCGAUUGUGUUGGACCGGACAAUCGCGAAGGAUACUGCAUAAGCAUUCGCAGCUGUCCCGAGGUGCUGAAUCAGUUCGUGCAGCGUCAGAAGGAUCCCCAGUAUGUGCAGUACGUACGGCAAUCGAAUGCGGUCUGUAACUACAUCCAGCCGAACGUGUGCUGUCCGCUGCAGCGAGAAACUCCACCGGCACCACCAACAGCACCGCCACCACCACCACCUCCAGCACCGGUCACCGAGGCUCCACCGGCACCACCAACACCAUCGCCACCAGCUCCAUCUGGCGUAGGUCCGGCCAAGUUGUAUACGCCCGAAACUGGCUGCGGGGUCAGUCUCGUGCAGCAUAACCGUGUUGUCGGUGGGGUACCGGCUGAGCUAAAUGGAUGGCCCUGGAUGGCACUGGUCGGUUACAAGAAUGCUCUCGGCGAGGUUUCGUUCAAGUGCGGCGGUUCACUCAUCACCAAGCGACACGUACUGUCGGCGGCCCAUUGCAUUCGGCGCGAUCUAUCAUCGGUGCGGUUGGGUGAGCACGAUACGGCCACUGAUACGGAAACGAAACACGUCGACGUACCCAUUGUGCGGUACGAAACGCAUCCAUCCUACGAUAAGAAGGACGGACACACGGAUUUGGCGGUUCUGUAUAUGGAGUUCGAGGUGCAAUUCAGCGAUGCGAUCAAACCAAUCUGUUUGCCGCUGAGUGAUACGAUCCGUAGCAAGAACUUCAUCGGCUACACACCGUUCGUGGCCGGUUGGGGUCGUACCCAGGAGGGUGGCAAAUCGGCCAAUGUACUGCAGGAGCUGCAGAUACCGAUCAUUGCGAACGAUGAGUGUCGCACGCUGUACGACAAGAUCGGCAAAGUGUUCUCCCAGAAGCAGUUCGACAAUGCGGUCAUGUGUGCCGGUGUGCUCGAGGGUGGCAAGGAUUCGUGCCAGGGCGAUAGUGGUGGUCCGCUAAUGUUGCCGCAACGGUUCGGUACCGAUUUCCACUACUUCCAGGUCGGUAUCGUGUCGUACGGUAUCGGAUGCGCCCGGGCUGAAGUACCCGGUGUGUACACGCGUGUGGCCAGCUUCGUCGAUUGGAUUCAGCAAAAGGUGGCGGAACCGCUGUAGAAACGUUUUGCCAGCGGCUAACGAUUUUUUUGUUUGUGGUUUUGCUCAGACAUGUUUUUUUUAAUUUUGCAAUAAAUUGUAUUAUUAGUGUAUGUUCAGUACAAAGUGAAUGAAAA